CAAACUCCAGAGAGAAGAAACCGCGGGCGGGCGAGCCCAAGCUCCGGCGGCCGCCCACGAUUUUCCCCUCCUCCCACACCGGGCAGCGGCUCUGGCUUCCACCGCCUUUAUUUCGCCCAUGGCGCCGGCUCUCUCCUCCUAAACGCUGAUUCCAAUCCACCAUGGCUGCGCUGGCGCCACCGACCACAAGCUCCAAGCCGCCCCUUCCCCCGCGCCUCGCCUUGCCGCUCGCCCUCGCGCUCCUCCUCGCUCUCGCAUUCGUCGCCGACUUCCUCUCCUAUUCCUCCGCCAUCAGCCCGGCCGUCUCCCCAUCUUCCAAGACGGUGAAGGAGGGUAGUACGAAGCUUCGCAAUGGAUCACAGCCGGUGAGGCACCUCAACGCGACGUUCUCGGACCUGCCGGCGCCGCACUGGGAGUGGGAAGAGAUGCCACCGGCGCCCGUGCCCCGGCUUGACGGGGCGUCCGUGCAGAUCGGGGACCUCUUCUACGUCGUCGCUGGGUACGAGAGCCUCGACCAUGUCCAUUCUCACGUGGAUGUGUACAAUUUCACUUCUAACACAUGGACUGGGAGGUUUGAUAUGCCCAAGAAGAUGUCAAAUUCACAUUUAGGUAUGGCCUCAGAUGGGAGAUACAUCUAUGCAGUGUCUGGACAAUUUGGUCCACAGUGUCGGCCAGCUGUGAGCCGUAAUUUUGUUCUAGACACAAAGUUAAGGAAGUGGGACGAAAUGCCUCCUUUACCUGUUCCUAGGUAUGCACCAGCUACUCAACUUUGGCGUGGGCGGCUUCAUGUGAUGGGUGGUGGCAAAGAAGACCGCCAUGAACCUGGAUUAGAGCACUGGAGCCUUGCCGUGAAGGAUGGCAAAGCAUUGGAGAAUGAGUGGCGAGCUGAAAUACCCAUACCACGCGGUGGACCUCAUAGGGCAUGCGUCGUUGCUAAUGACAAACUCUUUGUAAUUGGUGGUCAAGAAGGAGACUUCAUGCCUAAACCAGGGUCACCUAUUUUUAAAUGUGCAAGGAGGCAUGAGGUUGUUUAUGGUGAUGUGUAUAUGCUAGACAAUGAAGCUAAAUGGAAGCAACUGUCUCCAAUGCCAAAGCCAGAUUCCCACAUAGAAUUUGCAUGGGUCGUUGUUAAUAACUCCAUCAUAAUUGUUGGCGGAACUACCGAGAAGCAUCCUAUCACCAAAAAGAUGAUUCUUGUUGGUGAAGUCUUCCAGUUUGAUUUGGAAACAUUGAAAUGGUCAGUCAUUGGUCGGAUGCCUUUCCGGAUCAAAACAGCCUUAGCUGGUUACUGGGAUGGGUGGCUCUAUUUCACUUCUGGGCAGAGGGACAGGGGACCUGAUAAUCCAACUCCUAAGAAAGUUGUUGGUUCUAUGUGGAGAACGAAACUGCACGUGUAAUGUUCAAUGUUUGAACCAGAGGUUUCUGUAUAUUCUUAACCUGUAUGUGUUCCCAUUUUUGAGCAGCUAGAGUUCCUACCAGCUAACUCAUAUUCUGCUUCGCCAUUGCGAAUACUGUAUUCCUAUCUUGAAUAUCACUACGAAUCUGAAUUUCUAGGAAACCGGCUUCAAAUCUGGCAGAGGAUUUUAGCCUUGUAAGUAGUGCUGCCUUAUGCAGAAGUUCCUUAUAGAUCAUAUAUGUGUACCUGUCUCCAUUUUCUAAUUGCUAUGGCGUUCCCAGCAGUUCUUGUGAA